AUGGUGGGUGUUUCUUCAUCAACUAUAAUGGCAGAGAAGAUUUCUUGCUACUGUGCUUUGCUCAUGGCAACACUGCUGGUUUUCAGCUGCUGUGAAGUUAGCGAAACCGAAAGCGAAUUUAGCUUGACUGUGAACCAGAAUAAGGACAUUGUGAACAAGAUUUGCGAUGAGAUCUAUAUGGUUCGAGAAGGAGAGACCUUACACACCAUUAGUGAAAAAUGUGGUGAUCCUUAUAUAGUUGAAGAAAACCCUCACAUUCAUGACCCUGAUGAUGUUUUUCCUGGCUUGGUUAUCAAGAUUACCCCUUUCAAUAAUAGUCGGUUUGAAUUGGCGGGUUAUGUGCCCAAUUUAGAAGGUGAGGGUGCUUAA